AUAUCUAAUGCCUUGGCCACAAUGCUCUUUCCAUAAUGUACAACACCCUACGAAGAGCUCUACGAAGCUGGUCACUCCUUACGGGCACCAUGCUCACGAUCCCAUUGGUUCCAAGGGCAGUUAAGGUAGGCUGGGUCGGUUUCCUUCCGCUCUGCUGAAUUACUGUGCCCAACGGCUUUCGAUCUUUCAGAAGCUCGUCUCAGUUUUAUGUUGACCGACAUCUCGUUGGAUCGUGCUACUAUCAUAGACAAGGUGUUUGCCCACUUGCUUCAUGUCAACUCAUUAAUCCAGUGGUGUUAGUUGAAAAGGCCGUGAAGUUAUCAUCAUUGUAAAAAAUGAGCGAAGCCGCCACUCCUGAGGCUGGUGGCAGCAGCAGCAAUGCCCCCAACACUCCUGCGAGUACUACUGCAGGCGGAGCCAAGGUCCGAUCAACGACAGCCCCAACGUUGACAGCCCGUGCCAGAAGACGUCGCGAAGAGGCUGUGAGGCGUUUGGUGGCAGAUGUUCAGUCUCGUCCUGACAAGAAGGGAGACGGCAGCGACGGCAGUACGGCUCACCCAGAAGCUCAUGAAUGGAUGGUAGCCAGUGCUGUUGCCACGGCCAUUGAGAAGGGAUUGGAUCGAGAUCUUCACGCUGAUUUGGUCCAAGAGCAAAAAGAUAAUGCAAGCCGUAUCAGUCAAAUCUGCCACGAUCACUCGGAGGUUUUCUUGGCUUCUGUGGCCAAGGUAGCAGCAUUGGGAGGUCCUUCCGCUGAUUUAGCCAAUGGACUUCAAGAGGGCCAACGAGAGCUCGAAGAUAACACGGCAGGACCCAUGCACGAUGCGGCUCUCUUGUGGGAAGAAGCACGCCAAGCUCAUGCCAGAGCCAAAACACUGCAUGUCAUGGUUACGGCUUGCCAACAAGUUGCUCAGUGGAUUGAACGAGCCAAAAAACAGGCUUCCCUUGGACGACCAAGGGCUGCUCUGGAUGCUGUAGAUGAAGCACGCACAGCCCUCACCACUCCAAUGUCAUCCUUGUUCUCGGAUCAAUUCUAUGAUGGCAUUUGGAAUGAUGUCCAAAAGUCAAAAGAAGACGAAAAACAAGAAGAACCAAAGAAGAGAAUUUCCAGCCUGGAAGAUACUCCUUUCGGUCGCAGAGCUAUAGCUAUUCUGCCAAAAAUUGAAAAUCAGGUUCUCAUGAACGCCAGACGCGGAUUGAACGGAUGGUUCUUGGCAUUGCGUAGCGGCGGUGAUGGAGCCAAAGCUGGAAAAGCAGUCCUUCGAAAAUGUGCUCAUUCCAUGGCAAUGGGACCAGGCUCUCUCGGUCUAGGGGGUCUCGUCCCUCCUUCCUACGAAUGGCGUGCCAAAACAGCCGACAACUUGAUUUCUAGGGUGGAUCAAAGUGGAAGCGUUGCCCGUGCUGUACGGGUGGCCUACUGGUUUGAGCGAGAUGGCCCAAAAGAGGCGGAAUUGCUCGAGGCAACUAAAGAGGGAAUGGAGAGACGAGCCGAAGCAUUUGCUGCCGCAUUUGGUUGGCACCGGUGCUGGUCAGCGGCCGCGUCAUUGCUUGUCGAUCCAAGCGAAUUCUUGCUUGAUGACAUGAGUGGCAGAAACAAUCUAUCGGGAAGCCGCCACGGAGGCUCUCAACGAGGGCAGAGAACACUCGGAUUCAGGGCGUCGGCUGGAGCAAAGGCUUCUUUUCGGGAGCUGAGCCUGGGUGCAUCAGGAGUCGUUGACAACAGUCGCUGGUCUGCCUUGCUGACUCCGUCCGUUCUUUUUGAAGACUCCGCCACAAAGAAGGAAGAUGACGCCAAGUUAGUGGGCCUCUCAGAAUCUGUCCACCCUGUACGCAGGGCGGAGCAAGCAUUCAGCCUCCUCGGAAAAGCUGAGGAGUUCGUCCAAUACUACGAACAGAAUCGAUUUGGCGACACCAAAAUUGGAAGCUCAAAAGAAGGCGAAGAAAAGGGCGGCAAAACAUCGUACUUGUCGUCCUUGACGGGCGACGAUGUCAGCGUCGGUACGGACAGGAUCUUCUUUGCCCAGCGACUUCCACAUCUCUGCUCGAGCGUCGUUGGCUUCAGCGCUGUGGAAGCUGCUCUGGAGCUUGGAACGUUUCCUGAUGACGACGAAGAAGACAAAGGCAAACAGGCCGACUCCACUAAGCCAACGGUAAAGCCAACAGUUGCCCUCAGUGCAAGUCGCUUCCGUCAGUCUUCAGAACGGUACGAACGUGCUCUCGUCACCGAACUUGGAACUCUGCUUCGUGGCAGAGCCAAGGGUGCUAGUCUUCCAGAGCUCGUUCGAGCGUCUAGCCUCAUGGCUGCUUUCCGGUCAGCUCUCCGAACCGUUCACCCAUCGUCGACGACCCGUCGUAGCGACAGAGAGCUGCUAGCCAUGGACAAAGAUAUUCUCAUGAUCGCUCUCAAGGUAGCGCAAGAAGAAAUGUUGAAGGCCGCAUCUGCAAUCAUGGGCGACGACAAUAAAAGCCCAAUGCUGGUUGAAUCCAGGUCAACACAUCGAGACAGCGGUUCCUAUGAAACAAUCCCGGAACCUGAAGAGGUCGGGUUGCCUUUCGGAUUGGUGAAAAUGAAGAUGGAGAAACCAUCAUCAGGAGGUCUAGGUUUCGGUCAGGGCAAUGAAAGUCACAGCUUCUCUGCAUCCGUUCCUGUUGUUGUCCGAUCCAUCCAUGCGCGAGCCAUUGCCUGCGCAGCUUUUGCCCUUAACCAAGAAGAACUAGGCCAAGUCUUUCCAGAAAAGAAAAAGGGCAAUGCCACUGCUGGAUAUGUUUUGGAUUGUGUCGAAGAGUGUAUCAACGUGGCUGCUGUGGCCAUGAAAGACAGUGACAAUGUCGUUGAAGAAGCCAACAUCAACAAAGCGGUUCAAGUCAUGGCCAAUCUACUUGCUCUCCAAAAUUGUCUUCCACGUCUGUUUGGCACACUGAUGCGAGGCAUGUGCCACGUUGGGUUGAUCCGUUCGCAUGAAGUUGACGACACAUUCGCCUAUGCUGAGAAGACGCUGAAAGGUGCCAACAAGGCUUGUGAUGCUCAGGUGGGCAGCAUGUACAGUUUGGUCUACGACGUCUGCCGCAAGAAGUUAGACUCGCACAUCAAUCUCGGUCUUGGAAAUUACAACUGGGUAGCCAAGACAGAGCGUGACAUGCCCAAUGCCUAUGUGACGGCCAUCGUCGACUAUCUAGGCGAAGUUUUUGGAAACCUUGGGUCCAUGGAUGAAGGAUCCAGAAAUGGUUUGCACUUUUCGUGUUGUGGCCACCUGGCGGAACGAUUGGUCAAACUUUUGACUGGCCGAGGCAACGAGACAUCAGCUGGAGCGGGCAACAUUCCCCCAAUCAGCAAGAUCGACGCGUUUGGUAUCAAGAACCUUUCGAUUGAUGUGGCGGAAUUCAUCCGAUUCGCAGAUGGCACGGGAGUUCAAGGCCUCCGCGAUUGUUUUGACGAAAUCCGGAAUCUCACAUCCGCCAUGCUUGACCGUGACCUACCCGUGUUGCUCAUGCCGGAGAACGCUUCAGCGAGGAACAAGAGGUACCCCUUUAUCAGCAUGGAAAAGAUCCACCACAUUCUGGAGAAGUACAUUGGUACUGGUUUCGGUGCCAACAUUAUGGGAGGCGGCCAGAGGCAGAGUGACAUGCUCAUGAUUGAAAAGAAGGAUAUGCCUUUGCUAUUGAAGGUUGUUCGGACGCAACUGUAG